UUAUGUACACUUUAUGUCCAGAUUUCCUUUUCCUUCUUUAGAUCACAUGUCAGGGUACUUAUAUGCUCAAACUAUAAUGAGAGCUCAGAUAUGAUGUCACCACUUUCCAGAGAAGCAGGAAACAGAUCAAAUGUUAAGAUUAGUUGAUUUGUCAGUUUGUGUCUGUCCUGGAAACAUGUUUGUGUGCACAAACGAAACAAGGUAUGGACACACUCAAGAAAACAUUUCAUCAUAGCAAGGUCAAAGGUCAAGACCUUAGAUUUGUAACAGCUUAAACAGAUCACAUCAUGUUGGCAUUAAAAGCAUUUAAUGAAGUUUCAUUUUAACAUGUGGACACUCGCAAGAACUGAUUUUUUGCUUUUUCUUUUCCUCAUCAAACUUCUGAAGAAACCACGCCUCCUGUUACUGCAGGUGAGUAUUUCCUUUAACCAGUGCUGAAGGACAAAUGCUGCACAGCCUCACUCACUGCAAGGAAGCAGAUGCAUCAGUUUCUUUUAUGAGAACAAAAUGAGCCUAAAAAACGGGUUUGGAUUCCUGGUCAGCCCAGAGAAUUUGACUCCUGCGGUGCUCAACUGCAUCAUUAUUAUUGUUGUCUCGGUGCCCGUUCUUCUUGUUGUUACUGUCACCUACAAGUGUAAGCAAAAGAAAAACAGAGGGAGCAAAAAUGAAAAUAGGACAGCUGAGAGGAAUUCAAGUGAAGCUUUGAACUCAAGGGAAACAGAAAAUGAAAACAAGCAUUUCAAAGAAGAAGAAGCUGCAGCCCUGAAGCUCAGUGAUGAACACCAGACCGAGGAAGGAGAUGAGAAGAACCUGCAGACACAGGAGAAUAACUCACCAAGCCAUGAUGUGGAUGAGGAAGUAGCUGUAGCACAGCAGCAGCUGCAGGGUGAGGAGCAGCACAGGGGGAAUGAUGAGUUGGAUAAAACUGAGGUGAUGACACCUGACACGGUUAAAGAAAAGCAGGAGGCCUCUUCACAGCUGAACCUCGGCCUUGCUGUCACCACGAGGAACAAAAAGCCACAAGCUGAACUCAAGAGCAAUGAUGAGGAGACUGAGGUGCUCAAGACUCAGAUGCCUAUCAACGAGUCUCCGAGUAAAGAUAUAAAAGCUGAUGUCCUGAUGCUGCAUGAUGAGAAUGAACAGAAUGAACUCCUGCAGAUAGUCGAGCAGUUGCAGAAGACAGAGGCUGAACUCAAGAGGAAGGAUGAGGAGAUUGAGGAGCUCAAGACUCAGCUGGAGAAACUUCAGUGGCUGAGAAAUGACACGCUUAAAGGGAUGGAUGAGUCACAAAGGAAGUUCACCAAGCUUACCCUUGCUAUCAAGAGGAUGGAGAAAUUGGAGGAAAAUGUAGGUUUACACAGGAUACAAUCACUCUGUUCGAAGAAUGAGUCGCUGGAGAAAGACCUGCAGACCCUGAAGACAGAGCUCGAGGCCAGCCAAUCAGAGGUCAAAGAUCUAGAGGCUGAAAUCCACAAGUUUCAUGUUGAAAAAGAUAAGUGGCUGCAAGAUAAGGAGGAGCUACAGACCACACAGGGGAAACUUGAGGCAAAGAAUAAAGAGGUCAAAGAUCUAGAGGCUGAAGUCCAUGAGUUUCGUGUUGAAAAAGAUAAGUGGCUGCAAGAUAAGGAGGAGCUACAGACCACACAGGGGAAACUUGAGGCAAAGAAUAAAGAGCUGAAUGAUGAAGUAUCAAAACUACAACAUCUGCUUAAUAAAGAGAAGCAGAUGAGGAGCGAUACUGAGAUGGAUGUGGAAUCCCUCAAAACAAAGCUGGAGACCAACGGUAAAGAGUUAAAAGAAAAAGAGGCUGAACUCUCUGAGCUUCGUGCUGAGAGAAACAGAAGAUAAAGUGAUGAGAAGGAGCUGCAGACCAAAAAUAGGAAACUUGAAGCCGAGAACAAAGAGUUGAAUGAGGAAGUAGCUAAAUUACAGCAGAGGCUUGGGAAAGAGAAGCAGAGGAGGCAGAAUGCUGAGAUGGCCCUGAAGUCCUGAAUGAAGGAGCUUGAGACUAAAGACUAAGGGUUCAUGUCUUUAAUUUAGCUGCAUUCGUCAAGGUCUUCUUCAUUACAAAUUUAUUCAAAUAAUCCAAACUUUACAUUGGAAGUUCAUCAAACUAUCUAAUAUAUGAUUUAAUCAUUUUCUGUUAAAGUGCAUGGAACUAUAUCAGUUUUAAAUUUGUUUAAACAUUUGUUUUUAUUUUGUUUUCCUCAUUUUCUGCCUCUCAGCCAUUUUUACACAUAGUAGGUCCCAUCUCAUUUACAUAUAUUCAGUUAAUUAUUAAUAUAUACUACUUAUUUUUGUACAUCAGUUUUUUUCAUGUAUUAUACUUCUUAGGCAUAGACAGUAAUAUUGUGGGUCAGAAUGACCUAUAAUACCAGCUAGCUUGCAUACUGUAAAAAGUGACUGCUUAUGAGAUGCAGGUAAUUUUGUCAAAAUGCAUUUGAAACACUUUUAUUUUCUUCUAAUUUGUUCGUUCUGUUUUUUUCUGCCCUAGUAAAUAUUAUUAUUAUACACAUAUUGAGAGUGAUCCAAAUGUUAUAUAAUUAUAACUCCGAGUUUAUUUUUUUUUUUUUUUAUUUUGAUUUGAUAAUGCCAUGAAAAUAUUCUAAAUUUGUAACCCAAUGCUGGGUCAAAUAUGAACCGAGCAAACGCUGGGUUAAAG